AUGACCCUCGUCUCGGAGACCGUCAACGUCAACGUCGAACAACAUUCGUACUCGCAGGUGCAUUGGCUUGAUUUCUCAGCAAUUCUCUGGCAACUCUCCGGCAUCAACGGCAUGAACUACUUUUCACCGCUCAUAUUUAAAUCACUAGGCGUAACAGGAACCGACACUGGUCUUUUCGCAACAGGAAUCUACGGCGUGGUGAAAUCUGUGUCUGCCACAAUUUCAAUGCUCUUCCUAGUCGACCGUAUCGGCCGCAAAACCCUCCUACUGAGCUCGUGCGGGAUCAUGAGCUUUUCGCUCUUCUUCGUCGGCGCCUAUGUCAAGAUCACGCAUCCGGACGGCUUCACGCAGCAGAUCAAUAGUGGUGCUAUCGCUGCUAUUGCAUUCAUAUAUAUCUAUUCCAUUGGCUAUGCUUCUGCCUUUGGCGGCAUCCCGUACAUCCUGUUAAGCGAAGCAGCGCCGUUAAAUGUGCGCACAGUCAGUGCGACGCUGGGGGCAUCGAUGCAGUGGGUCAUGAAUCUGGUCAUUACGAAGGCUACGCCAUACAUGAUUAGUAGCAUUGGGUAUGGCACGUUUUUUUUCUUUGGCUCCUGUGUCGUUUGUGGUUGGAUUUAUAUCUUCAUUUGGGCGCCGGAGACUAAGGGCGUGUCUCUAGAGCACAUGGCGGCGGCGUUUGGGCAUGAUGAUGUGGUUGCUAUUACGGAGAUAGCAGCAAAGGCAAAGAACGAGCAUUUUGCGCUCCCUAGGAUGUAA